AUGUCAUUCAAUUCAAGCGACGCCAGUUUCGGAAAUAAAUCAAGCAUCAAUUGGAGACCUAAAGGAUCAAAAUCACCAGCACCAAACUCAAACUCUGAACUCCCUUUAUACUACAAGGAUAAAGUUCGUGCAAACCCUCAUUCAAAGACAUCAAGAAAACUCAUCAUGCUAUUCAAAGGGUUCGUAGCAUCCAUUGUUUUUUACAUAGUGUACUACUAUGCCAGCAAUUUAGAUAAAGACUCGCCAUUCCUGAUUGGUUCUUUGAAUUUCAAAUCCUCUUCUACCCAACAGGAUUGGUCCGUAGCUCAAAAGGAAGUCAGGGACGUUUUCUUAGACAGUUGGAAGUCGUAUGAGACUUAUGCGUGGGGAAAGGAUGUUUUUCACCCAUUGAGCCAAUCUGGAGAGAAUAUGGGGCCAAAGCCACUAGGUUGGAUGAUUGUAGAUUCAUUGGAUACCUUAAUGAUAAUGGAUUGCCCUGAAGAAUUAAGCAGAGCAAAGAAAUGGGUUAAAGAAGAUUUAAAUUACAACUUCAAUUAUAACGUAAAUGUUUUUGAAACCACCAUUAGAAUGCUUGGAGGUUUACUUUCUGCUUUCCACUUGUCUAACGAUGAUUUGUAUUUAGAUAGAGCGGCAGACUUGGCCAAUGCCUUAUUGGGAGGAUUCAACAGCAAGACGGGAGUUCCAUAUUCUCUGGUAAAUUUGGAAUCCGGAAAUGGUAUCAAGAAUCAUGUAGACAAUGGUGCUUCUUCUACUGCUGAGGUUGCAACUUUGCAGUUGGAAUUCAAGUAUUUGGCCAAAUUGACAGGUGAAACUAUGUACUGGGAAAAGGUCGAAAAGAUCAUGAAGUUACUUGAUGACAAUAGACCUCAGGAUGGUUUGGUUCCAAUUUAUGUUCAACCUGAUACCGCUGAAUAUCAAAGCUCUUUAAUUAGGUUGGGUUCGAGGGGAGAUUCAUACUAUGAAUACCUUUUAAAGCAGUACUUGCAAACCAAUAACCAAGAGAAGAUUUACUGGGAAAUGUACAGAGAAAGUGUUGAAGGAGUUAAGAAGCACAUGGUCCGUAAAUCAGUCCCCAAUGGGCUUACAUAUAUCGGAGAAUUAGAAAGAGGUAUUGGUGGCCCAUUAUCUCCAAAGAUGGACCACUUAGUUUGCUUUUACGGUGGGUUAUUGGCUGUAGGAGCUACUAACGGGUUGACUUUAGAAGAAGCUAAGAAGUUGCCAGAUUGGGACCUGAUAAUGGAAUCAGAUUUCAAAUUAGGAGAAGAAUUAACUUACUCCUGUUACAAGAUGUACCAUGACGUUGAUAAGACCGGUCUUUCCCCGGAAAUUGUUGUAUUCAAUGACAAAGAAUCAGCUGAUGGCAAGGACUUCUUUAUCAAGCCCUUGGAUAGACACAAUUUGCAGAGACCUGAAACAGUGGAAUCUCUCUUCUACUUGUACAGAAUAACUAAGGAUGAAAAGUACAGACAAUGGGGUUAUGAAAUUUUCCAGAACUUCGUCAAACAUUCCAAGGUAGUUGAUUCCAAUGGAAUUGUCUCUUACACAUCGUUAGAUGAUGUUACUACCGGAAAGAGGAGAGAUAAUAUGGAGUCCUUCUGGUUUGCAGAAACAUUGAAAUACUUAUAUUUAUUGUUUGAUGACACUAACCAGCUUCCUUUGGAUAGAUAUGUUUUUAAUACUGAAGCUCAUCCAAUGCCUAGAUUUGAUAUGGAGCCUUUAUUUAAGACCGGAUGGUCCAGAUCUUUUGAUGAUCCAAGAAGAAUCAAAAAGAACCCGGAAACACAAAAGGUUGAAGAGCAACAAGUGAAGAUAGAUAAGAAGAGACCCCCAAAGGCGGCUCCAGCGAACAAGGGUCUAGAUGAACAAGCAAAUGAAAUCGUCAAGGAGAAUCCAGAUGUCUUAAAGGACAAGGAGGCAAUCAACAAGGAAAAACUCGAAGAAAUACUCAAUGGAUGA